AUGCCAAGUCUUUCGACACCACGAAACGACAUGCUGGACCAGAGGCAGCUUGAAACAGGCGUGACACUCAACCUCUUUGAAGCCUCGUUGGACGAAGGCACGAUCAGGCAGAAGAAUACACCGACGGACCAGAUUCAGCGGAUGGUGAUAACCGAUCGUAAUCCCACAAGCCCCUACAAGAUCCAGGUCCUUCUACGAACAUGCAUCCACGGGACGAUGGAUAUUCAGACUAAACAACCAGCGUCGUUGAUCAUAGUGGACUAUUCCAUCAUGAUUACAAAGGAAGGCGCUCGUUUUUCAACCGUGGACACCAGUUUUGAAUUCUCCGAGUACCUAACACCAGCUGAGCAAGCUGAGGCUGCGGGAAGUUUCAGCCGAGGAACAUGCCCUUCGGUCAUCGCUUACGCACCCUUCGAGGAACCUGUCAGGUUCAAUUAUAUGGCUUCAGAGGAGAGCAAAAAGACUCAAUUGGAAGUCAAGCUUUCUCCCGAAGUGGCUGGCGUUAAGCCAGGCGAAGUCUCUUUCGGCCAGGAGAGGGAGUCGACCUACAGCCGUCGAUAUUUUGACCAGGGUCUUGGAGGGAGAAACUUCGACCAAAACGGGUGUGCUUAUAGGGUCUGGUGGAAUUUGAUCCAAAACAAGAAGGACAAUGCAGGGGUGCCGCCGAAAUUUCGUGUUGCAAUUCUCCUGCAGCGCACGGGGACGGGUAAAUUCCAGGCAAAGUUUGGAUUUGCGGCAAGGGGAGGGUUUGGCUAUCGUCUUGAGGAGCUUACAAAUAGGUGGCUGCGCAGAACUGCCGUCGACGAUCCCAUCAUUUUCGAUCCAAGUGCCGAUCCAAUAGGCAGUGACCUGGACGGAAUGAAGAUAGAUCAACAAGAGCUUAGGAAGCUGAAAGUUGGUUCUGAACUGGCCAACCUGGGUAGAGUUUGGGGUCUCAACCAGUUGCAGAAGCCUUGA